AUGACGGGACGCAUGUCCGCAAUUGCGGGAACAGUCCGCGAUCUGGGCAUUCCACUGCCCGGACGCCGAAUCGACUACGACGUUGCCGGAAAGGUCGUGCUGAUCACCGGCGAGGCGACGGUAUCAGGUCCCGCGCUGGCGCGCACUCUCCUCCGGCGUGGGGCCACCGUGGCGCUGGUCGACGUCAACGAAAGUUCAUUGCAACGGCCGAGCGCUCAUUCGAGUCACAGCGAGUCG